AUGCACGGCCGCGUGUUCGGGGAAGGUCGCAAAGUCAGGCUACGACUUCUAGACAUCGAGGCGUGCGUCGGGGCUCUGCAAGGUUUCGCCAUGGAAAUUCAAGACUGCAAUUCCGACCUGGUGACAGAAGUUGUUGCUACAAGCGAUCCGGAGGUGGCGUUCAAGGGGGCCGACGUGGCUGUCCUCCUCGGAGGGUUUCCGCGGCUGCCGGGUAUGGAGCGUCGGGAUCUGAUAGCCAAGAAUGUGCCGAUCAUGGCCGAGCACGGCAGAGCCCUCGCGAAGUGUGCGAAGGACGGGGUCAGGGUGCUUGUAGUGGCCAACCCGGCAUGCACAAACUGUCUCAUGGUGACUGAGAGGAAGAUUUCGCCAGUUCUCAUGAACGACGAAGCCGCCACCAGCGCGCCAUCCAUUCCGCGCAGUCACUUCAGCAGCCUCGCCCGCUUGGACCAGGAUCGCUUGUCGGCGAUGUUGGCGGAAAACCUCUGUUCAGAAGAAACUCUGGAACAGACUUCAGGGGGAGCACGUACGCCGCUGUCCGGGGAUGUCUCGCUCCCACAGCAAGAGCCGGAGAGGCAGCACGCCGUUCGCACGAGGCAAGACAGAAAUAUCCUCCAGCUCGAGGGGCCAGGCGUUCGCGGGGUGUAUGUAUGGGGCAAUCACAGCCCCACCAUGUGGCCCGACGUGUCUGGAGCGGAGGCAAAAAUUGACGGCCGGUGGGUACCGUUGCAGACUGCUCUGCAACGAGACGGUGGACUUCCAAAUGGGACGGGACUGUUGUCUCCUGCUCGUGAAGAUGGUACGGCACCGGACUUGGAUUCGGCCUGGCACGAUUGGAUAUCUGAAACGCUUGUCCCGGCAGUGCGCGAAAGGGGUACGAAAGUGAUCGAGGCCAGAGGGAAAUCAAGCGCCCUCUCCGCCGCAAACGCCAUCGCAAACCACCUCAAGGACUGGUUGCAUUCUUCGACAAGUGGGACGCAUGCCGGUGUAUCGAUGGGCGUGUUUUCAGAUGGAAACCCAUAUGGUGUCCCGGACGACGUUGUCUUCUCGUUUCCUGUCGAGUGCGGAGAAGGUCGACAUCGGAUCUUGAACGGGUUUCGCCCCGACAUGGCAAUGCUGGAUGAAUCUGCGAAGGAACUUCUUGAAGAGCGGCGAGAAGCACUCGAAACGUUGCGAGAAUCGGAAAGACAGGCUUUGUCGUAG